ACACACACACACUCACUCACUCACUCUCCAUCCUCUGCAGCAGAGGAGGUGGCACUUUUCCCAAAGCAUCCGCUGCCGUCUGGAGAGGCUCAUUAAGGAGGGACUAGGCUGCGCACGGCGGUGCGUGUGCGUGUGCAUGUGCGGCUGCUGUACAUGAAGCGAGGGAAGGGGACUCGCACUCAUCUUUCUGUCACGGGAGCAGCCCGUGUGGGCAGAGCAGAGGAGGAGAGGAGGAGAAAGACAGAGAAGAUCCAGUGCUGGAGCUGAAGGCAACACUGAAGCUUCCCCACCAUGGCUACUGCAUAGGAAUCCAUCGCCACGGCAGCAGUAUACAUGAGGUGUGAGAAGUUGGAAGGACAGUAGAAGCUAAAGAGAGAAAGAGCAAGAACGAUCCAAUAUGGCUGCUGAGGAGAAGCCUGGCGUGAAGACCAGUACCUCCAUCCUGCCCUGCUUCCUCUUCGUGGAGCUGGUGAUCAUGGCGGGCACCGUGCUGUUGGCGUAUUACUUCGAGUACACGGACACGUUCCCCGUUCACGUCCAGGGCUUCUUCUGCUACGACAAAGCCUUCUCCAAGCCGUACCCGGGCCCAGAUGAAAACAGCAAAGUGCCGCCGGUCCUCGUCUACUCGCUGGUCACUGCCGUCCCUACCAUUACGAUUCUGGCCGGGGAGUUGAUGGCUUUUUUCAUGAAGUCAGAAGGUGCACAAGAGAAGACCAUCGUAACAGCAGACUGCUGCUACUUCAACCCCUUGCUGAGACGCAUCAUACGCUUUCUAGGCGUCUACACCUUUGGUCUCUUCACCACCACUAUCUUCGCCAAUGCUGGGCAGGUGGUCACAGGAAACCAGACACCUCAUUUCCUGUCAGCUUGCCGGCCAAACUACACAGCACUAGGCUGCCAGUCGAAUCUCCAGUACAUCACCGAGCGUCGAGCCUGCACGGGGAACCCACUCAUAGUGGCAUCCGCCCGCAAAUCCUUCCCUUCCAAGGAUGCAGCACUGAGUGUCUACUCUGCAGUGUAUACCGUGAUGUACGUGACGCUGGUGUUCAGGACAAAGGGCACUCGUCUGACGAAGCCGACUGUUAGCCUGACCCUGCUGUGCCUUGCCAUGCUGGUGGGGGUUGUAAGGGUGGCUGAGUACCGCAACCACUGGUCAGAUGUCCUCGCUGGCUACUUCACCGGAGGAGCCAUUGCUGUGUUUCUGGUGACCUGUGUGAUCAACAACUUCCAGCAGACGAAGCCCCCGCCACUGCCUGUGCGACCACAGCGUCCUGAGUCGGUGCUGGGUAUGCCCAUGGUGGCGCUGCCCUGUGUGGAGAGUCCACUUGAAAAGUUAAGUGGCACUCAGACUCCAAGGGGAUCUCCAUUCACUGAGAUCACAUGACCAUCAGCCCUAUCGGUUCCCCGCCACCCCCGAUGUCCUCAUACCGUCUCGCUCCAUUUCCAGCGAAGUCUAGACCAACCGUCUGAGCCGCACGCUCACCAGUGCGCCGCCCACACCACCGGACGCUAUGCCACCCUCCACCGCUCCUACUCGACACAGGUCUAGACACGUUCCUCCUCGCUCCACUCCAUGAACCCUUCUUUUCCAUGCUGCCCUCGGGGCUCCCGUGCACUGCUCCAACAAACAAGAAGUGACAAUCCAUGGAAAGCUCGGUCAAAGAGCCUUACUCGAGCUUCGUCCGGCAGACAGAAAUGUUCCGGCAUGUGCCAACAAGUGCUUGGCGUGACAUCUGAGUUCAUUAUAGUUUGUCUGAGCAGUGCGUAGAAGCCUGUAGACCACCUUUAAGACCUUUGGCCCAGUCUAAACCAACCUGACCUAUUCCCAGGGGAACCGAUGGAGUCCAUAUGCUGGACUCCUGAGAAAAAAAAACAAACAAACAAACCAAAAAGACUAAUAGCACAGUGUCUAGUACGCCUCUUUGGUUUCAUUUUUUGUGUGUUUUUCAAGAGGCAUGUUUAUUUUUUUUAAGCAUAGCAUUCAUUGUACAUAAUGUAUUUAUUAUUUGAACGACCAUGCCAGCAUAUUUUCCCAAUUCCUGAAUUGGGAAACAGAUUCCCCGUUUCUCAGUCCUUAGUGUAAAUACCUGGAAAAACUGAACUCUCGUCAGAUGAACACUGCAUUAACUUUUUGUUUACCUGUAUGUUUGAGAAUUUCUUGAAAGAAAAAUAUCUGUAUGUUUUUUUUUGAGUGCUUGCUGCUAGCUUCCGGAUCAGUGCCCAGUCCUUUCCCUCAUCAGUGACAGGCAGCUCAAGGGUGCGUAUGGCACGCAUACAUGUGCAUAAAGAACCUCAGCAUAUGGAGCCACCAUGGGCCCAGUUCUUCUCCAAGGGAUUUCUUCUGCAGCCCCCAGAGCUUGGCAGAUUUAGCUUGUUAGCAGCAAUGACAGCAUUCUGACGCAAAAUGGCUUUUUCUCUCAACCUUGUUCCUUGUAAAAAAAAAAGAAAAGCUUCCCUAAGACACAACAAUGCGCUGUCAGACACAACACCCACUGCCAGUUUACAGAGAUCAGACUAAACAACCCUUUGUUCUUCAGGAGAACACAACAAACCUGAGAGCAACAAGGUAUAGGUCCCUUCUAACCUCUUGUUUCUGUCAUUUACUGUGGUUAAAAAGUCUGUGAGCUGUCAGUCAGACAUUAUAAAAGAAAUAUUUUGUGUAGGGUGAAGGUUUUGUCUCAUUUUUAAUUCUAUUAUCACUUUUGCUGAUAUUUUUAAAAACACUG